GCAAUCUGCCCUAAUACCCUCAGUCACUUCAAAUCACCGCAACUAUUUGCACGGUUUCUGUUCUUCUCAGAAAUGACCGACGGCGAAGCACUCUGUGAAGCAGCUCGAAAUGGUGAAAUCCAUAGUAUUAAAUCUCUGAUUGAUUCCGGCGCCGAUGUUACCUACUUUGACAAAGACGGCCUUACUCCGCUGAUGCACGCCGCCAUUCACGGCCAUGCCGAGGUCGUAAAGUCUCUCCUUGAUGCUGGUGCCCCGUGGAAUGCCCUGUCCCCUUCCAAUGUGUCUGCCGGCGACUUCGCCAUGGACGCUGGUCAUCAAGAAGCCUUUGACGUUCUUCUCAAUUCCGCAAUCCAGGCAGAAUUAAUCCUUGGAACAAUUGCAAGGAAGGAGAAUGCUAAGGGGAACUCAGAUGGGGACUAUUUAGAUGAUAGAGUUACUUUUAGUGAAGAUAAAAUUAUGGACUCUGAUAGUAAGGCUAUUAUGAUGGCUUGGGAGAAGCCAUUGAUGGAAGCUCACGCGAAAGCUGUCUGCUCAAAUGGUGGCCAGAUACUGAACAUUGGAUUUGGGAUGGGCCUUGUAGAUACCGCCAUACAACAAUAUGCACCUUUAUCACACACUAUUGUUGAAGCUCAUCCAGAGGUCUAUGGUCGUAUGAUGCAUGCAGGUUGGGGUGAGAAGGAGAACGUGAAAAUCAUAUUUGGUCGAUGGCAAGAUGUCAUUUCUAAACUUGAAACCUAUGAUGGCAUAUUUUUUGAUACUUAUGGGGAGUAUUAUGAAGAUAUGCGGGAAUUUCAUCAACAUCUUCCUAGAUUAUUGAGGCCUGGUGGUAUAUAUUCAUUUUUUAAUGGUCUAUGUGGAGGUAACCCUUUCUUUCACAUCGUUUACUGUCAGUUAGUUUCUCUAGAACUUGAGAGCUUGGGAUAUUCUACACAGUUGAUACCAUUACCAGUGAAGGAUUGUUUAAGUGAAUCAGUGUGGGAGGGUGUUAAACAGAAGUACUGGCAGUUAGAUACGUAUUACCUUCCUGUGUGUCAGGCUAUGAGUGAAUCAGAAUGAUAUUAUUGGAGUACUGAUAAUGUGGUAUCAGAUGAAGCCUCCUAGGAUCUUCUUCUUUUCUUGUUGUGUAUUCAUUUUGUAAUGAAUUUAAUUGUAUUUUCACUAUCUUUGAUUUUGAGAUAUUAUUAUGCUGCUUAUCUUUUCUUAGGAAUUGGGAUUUUUUGUGUGGAUCAAUGCAUAAAUGCUAUUACAACAACAA